GCUUGCCUUUCCUCCUUCUUUCCUCCAUUCCUGACUCUGCCCUGUCACAUACCGAGUUCCUGAAUCUCCCAAGCGGCGCAGGCGCCCGUUAUUGUCUCGUCAGGCGCCUCCAAUGGCGUCAAAUCUCCCCAUUCCUCUCCCUCCGCGCACUCCCACUCCGCCUGUCGAUGACCCUCCGAGCGCCCCCAACCAUGGCUCCAAUCCAGGGGCUCUCGACCAGGACUCGCUGUCGCCGCUGGUAGACACGUUUGCUCAGUCGCGCAGUGGCCCGGAGACGGGAGGUCUCAAGCAUUUGAGUCCUACGCGACCGACUUUCAAUCUCAGCCCGUCCGACUCCUCGGUGCAGAAUGGCCAGAGCGACCCUGAUCCACCCGGGCCAUUCAAUUUCCAGACUGCAACGAUGGCAAAGAGCCCGGUGAUCAAAUCCAACAUUGGCCAGCGUCGCGGACACAAGUACAAACACAGUAGUAUCUCGCACCAGAUCUUCUUAGAACCGCCCCCAAGAGCACCCCUGGCGCUGCCAAACUCGCUACCCAUCCCAACCCUGAAGGAGUGCCGUGCCAGCAUGUCCAAGGAUCAGAAAACGCGAUUUUGGUGGAGUGUAUGCCAUAUGUUUGUUGCGGCGUAUACACUCUGGAGUGCGCACGGAUCAUUGGCCAUGACUGCCCUGUCCCAUCUGAUCCUCUUCGACUCAUUGGGUGCAAUGCUUUGCGUGGCCGUGGAUGUCCUGAGCAACUUCGAAGUCUGGAAGCGAUCUAGCAUCCGGCAUCCCUUUGGAUUGGAACGGGCGGAAGUGCUGGCAGGGUUUGCCAUGUGCGUCCUCCUGCUCUUCAUGGGGAUGGACCUCAUUUCCCACAACCUGCAACACUUUCUCGAAUCAUCCGGCCACCAACCUCACCAUUCGCAUCCCCACGAUCGUGUGACAGUGGGCAGUGUGGACGUCACUGCCGUGCUUGCCGUCUCGUCUACCUUGGUCUCCGCUAUCGGCUUAAAGAACCAUGGACGGAUAGGGAAGGCGAUGCGGUUUGGAUACAUCGAGUCCCUCCCCUCGGUGCUCAGCAACCCGUCCCAUUUCCUGACACUGUCAUGCUCCACGCUUUUGUUGCUCCUUCCUUUGGUGUCCAUUCGCUUGUACAACUGGCUCGACGUGCUGCUGUCGGUGACGAUCUCCAUUUCCAUGUGCGUUAUUGGCGUGCGGUUGGUCAAGACGCUGGGGUCGAUGCUGCUGAUGUCCUACUCCGGUCAAGGAGUAAACGAUGUCAUCCGGGACAUCGAGGCGGAUCCCUGCGUAUUCGGGAUCGACGACGCUCGGUUUUGGCAGGUUCAUUAUGGCCUCUGCAUGGCGAAUCUGAAGCUCCGGGUGUCCGGCACUGAAGAAAAUCUGACGAGACUCCGCGAGCGCAUCUCCAGCCUGAUUAGAAACCGGCUGGGCGGAGGAUACGGGUCUGGUGGCCAACGAUGGGAAGUGUCCCUGCAGUUUACGAUAGAGAGGGCAUGAUUGACACGACGACCAGCUUGGUUUGCUGGCAUGACGCGACCAACAUCUGUACAUGAAUAGGCUAUGCAUCUACUUAACAUUGCAUCAAUACAUAUCAUUGACACGGACCUUGAAACAUCCAUCAUCUAUCUGAAAUUCCAUUCUCUAGCAGUGUCUUGUCCUGAUAUCCUUCUCACAUUCAC